AGCGUUGGGUCGCUUUUUCUUCUUUGCACAGAAGUCGCGCUCGGGCAGCCCGCGCGCUCGCAGUAGAAACCAGGCUCCAGGCGCUGGCGCCGGGGCCGCGGGGAGGAGGCGACUUCGCUCCCUGCGGCGGGCGCGGCCCGGGCGCCCAGAGCCUCUCGGGCCCGGAGAGCGGGCGGCGGCGGCGGCCUCCCCGGAGCGGUAGGCAGGGCCGGUCGCGGGGACCGGGUGGCUGCGAGGCCGGGCGGGGCAGUACUGCCCACUCCACCACUUGCAGAGGUCGCCUAGCUGCCUUCCUUCAGAGUUCUGUCUGGGCCUGAGCGGCAAACUGGAGAAGCGGCCCUGCGAUUGAUGAGUUUGCCUCGGGAGUUGGUGCCAAGGUGAAACGGAAGGCGAACAUGGGUCAGAAGGUCACCGGAGGGAUCAAAACUGUAGACAUGAGGGACCCCACGUACCGGCCCUUGAAGCAGGAGCUGCAGGGCCUGGACUACUGCAAGCCCACCCGCCUGGACCUGCUGCUGGACAUGCCCCCUGUGUCCUACGACGUCCAGCUGCUCCACUCGUGGAACAACAAUGACCGCUCGCUCAACGUCUUCGUGAAGGAGGAUGACAAGCUGAUCUUUCACCGGCAUCCGGUGGCCCAGAGCACGGACGCCAUCAGGGGCAAAAUUGGAUACACGCGGGGGCUGCACGUGUGGCAGAUCACGUGGGCCAUGAGACAGCGGGGCACGCAUGCCGUGGUGGGGGUGGCGACAGCCGACGCCCCCCUGCAUUCCGUCGGGUACACGACCCUCGUGGGGAAUAACCAUGAGUCCUGGGGCUGGGACUUGGGGCGUAACCGGCUCUACCACGAUGGCAAAAACCAACCAAGCAAAACGUAUCCGGCCUUUCUGGAGCCGGACGAGACGUUCAUUGUCCCCGACUCCUUCCUGGUGGCCCUGGACAUGGACGACGGGACCCUGAGCUUCAUUGUGGAUGGACAGUACAUGGGAGUGGCUUUUCGGGGACUCAAGGGCAAAAAGCUGUAUCCUGUCGUGAGUGCUGUCUGGGGCCACUGUGAGAUCCGCAUGCGCUACUUGAACGGACUCGACCCCGAGCCCCUGCCACUCAUGGAUCUGUGCCGCCGGUCCGUGCGCCUGGCCCUGGGGAAGGAGCGUCUGGGUGAGAUCCACGCACUGCCGCUGCCUGCCUCCCUCAAGGCGUACCUCCUCUACCAGUGACGCUCUGCCCAGGACCGCCAGCACGACACAGCCACCUGGUGCCAGUUCACCGAGCCACCGCCACACCCUGUGCCUUGGACGGGCGUCCGGGGCCACCAGAGGAAGGCCCUGCCCUCCUCUUUGUACUCCCUGGCUGUUCCCCUUCCUGACAUUGGUGGAAGUUUCCCGCAUGGCACAUCACAGCCCCUCUCUGGACAGAGACACAGAAUAAACUCCUCAGAAGUCCGGCACUGAGCUCUGAUCAGCUCUGUUCUCGGGGUGGCAUGGGUACCCUGCCGGGAGGGGCCCUGGCACCGAGAGCAGAUCCCAGGGGUGCUAAGAGGUGCUUAGAUGAGAGGCCAUGCCUCGGAGACGCAGCUCAGGAUGUCAGAAACACACCGUGGACACCGAGGCAGACACCGGAACUGGGCCUUCCGCAGGCACACGAGCACCCAGCAUCUGUCCUGGCUGCCAGUGCCCCCGUCCCCUGUAUUUAUUCUUUUAACAAUAACAAAAGCCAUUUAUUUAUUCCAUUUAGAAAGGGACCUUGUUUUGGUCACCUCUCUGGAGUGUUCUGUUGCUUUUAUUCCACCUGCCACUCCCUGGCAUGUGUGUGCCUCACCUGUCGUCCUCGCUGGGUCGUGUCUGUGGUGUGUCCUCACCUGGGCACAGGUGUCUUUGUUUGACCUACAGUUUCCAGGGGGCUCUGCUCUGCGUUCCUGAGUGGGCCCCUCAGGGCACAUUAGCUCAUGCAGUAUGAGUGUCCCGGGGGUCACGGCUCCAUGGCUGUGAAAGCUCCCAUGUCUCCACGUAGUCACACUUGGCCUCGUACAUCUUUGCACGUGCUUUUAUUUCUUUAGUCUUCCAUGGGUUUUUAGGUGUGGGUUUGGUUUUGCUUUUGCCUUCCUAGCAGAUUAUUUCCCACGUGCGUCCACAGAAGCUCUGAGGACCACCGAAUGAAGAAGGGAGGAUGAGUGGGUCUCCGUCCCCUGAGACACCAAGGACAGGGCAGGGUGGGGAAGACCAGAGUGGAGUCAGGCCGCCUAGUGCUGAGUUCAUCGCAACCCCCUAGAGCCAGAGGGGCGGGGUGGGGUGGGGCGGGGCAGCCAGCAGGAGAGGGACAUCCCUCCCUGCCACAGCUCCCCCACGUAGCAGACCCCUGCACCCUGCCACCACAUCUGCCAUUUCUUUAUCUUAAAGUCCGCUUUCUUAGAGUCUGAUUUCAGUUCAUUUCUGUACAGGUACAAUAGAUGACUUUAUUUGUUUAAAAUGUUUAAUAUAUAUGCAUAUAUAUUUGUCCGUAAGAAUUAUGUUUUAAACAGCUGCUGUAGGGUACCUUUAAAAAAAAAAAAGUCUUCCAAUGGAGUAUAUUUUUUAAAGCACAAAAUUGGUGCCAAGGCUGGGUGAGGAAUGUAACGUACCACCUUAUUAUUGUGAGGUGUUUUUUUGUUGUUGUUGUUGUUUUCAGGCGGGGAAACCUUACCUGUAAGACUUUGAAAGAUUUUCCUCCCUCCUCUUUCUGGGUGGGUCAUAUUCUGAUGAAUGUUGCACAGGAGAUGAGAGAGUUUCAAGUACACAGCCUUACCGCCUUGACCCAGCGCCUUCCGCAGACGCUGGAUGAAUCGCCCGGCUCUGUCAUCUCUCUGCACCUCCCACCCCCCAGUUCCCCGGGGCCUCAACCCUGCCCUUCUCUCAGCCCAGAGCCCUGUGGCCUGUACAGUUUUGAAACUCCCAUUCUAUUUUAUGAUGGUCGCUAAUAGUCAAUAACCUAAUAAAGGAAAGUUUAUUAAAA